UAAGGCGUCCUUCUCCCUCUGGCGGCGGAGCUCGUCCUUGGGGUUAGGGUUAGGGUUCUGUUGAAGAAGGCCAUCCAUGGAAAGCGGAAGCGACUCCGAUGCUCCAGAGGAGCUCACCGCCUUCGAGGGCAUUAAGCAAGAUGAAGAAAUCAGGAAAAUCCAAAAGGAGAACAUCAUUAGAGUGGCGAAGGAAGGCAAAGAACGAAGGAGAAAGUGGGCACAAAGGAUAACCCAAGGGAAAGCAGAUAAGCAGGAAGAUGCAGAAGUUAAGGAGACAGAACAACAGGAGGAGGAAGAGGAAGAUCAUGCGGUACCAGGAAUGCUUCCAAGCAAUAUAGUUGAUUUUCUUGCAGCGCGUGAGAAGCAAACAUUUGCGUCGGACUCCGAGGAAGAAGAGGAAAUCAUACAACAGAAACCCAAAAAAAAGAGAAAGCAAAAAACUUCAGGGCCCGAAACUGUCAUUCUCAAGGAUCUCCCCCCGGCCGAAUGCUUGCGCAACUCUCUGGAGUUUCUGAAGAGGAGGAAAAUGCAGGUCUCGAGGUCGACUUCGGUCCUGAAAAAUGCAGACCAGGCUCUGCGGCUUCUAUCAUCACGAGGAAGCUUAUUUAGUAAGCAUUGAAUAUAUUUUUAUCUCCGAUCACAUGAUGUAACACUAUCCGUCGAUUUUCAAUGAUUUUCAAUGAUUUUUUGAUCGUUUUUUGUUAUUUCGGCCGGGUGUCGAACACUGUAUGAAGAGAUGAAGAGUAUAGUCUGAAUUAUUCUGAGGAAAGAAUUUGUGCAAUUUGUAGUAUUCUUAACCACUAGCUACUCUUCUGUAGCAGGAUGCAUUUGAAUAGAGUUAAAAUUGGAGAGUCAAAAUCGGAUGCACAUUAUCCUGAUUGUAACCAUUGUGCCCCCAAAUAUUAUUUAUGACUCUGAUGAAA